UAGUGUGAGAUGUGGGGAGCCGGCAUGGCCAUGGCAUACUCAGCCCCAGUGCGCCUUAUGUGGCAUGCCAGCUCAGCCUGGAUCAGUGACCCUGAGUUGGGGCGAUGAAAGUAUUAAGAAAAGACAGAGAAGAGGAUGAAAGCUGGGUCUCGGUGUGACGCUGCCCUCUGGGGUGGAGAGAGACAGUGCCAACACCCACAACCCCUGUCUUUAUUUUAUACCAGAUGCCACGAGGCAAAGUAAGGGCAUGAUCAAGAUGUUUACAACAUUCUCGUGGGUUCAAAUCCUGUUCAACUACAUGUACCUGAAUUCUAUCUCUCAGGCACGUGGGGCCAAGUGUUUCGACUAUAGGUUCAAGCUUAUAGCUAUAGCUAUUGGCUAUAAUUGUGCUAGGAAGGCUCUGCCCUCCAAGUUGGGACUUGCACGUGGCAAUGAGAGGACUGUGCCCUCUCAUCGGUCCUAGGCAUGAACCUGUCCAAAACACUGUAGCGCGCCCCAAAAGAUAUCUCUCAGCCAAAUUUGUAAAUCUGCUCUGCACAAAAGAGUCCAAAUGUGAAAAACUUUUUAGAUGUGUGGGACAUGUCAUUUUUCUGUUAGGAUUUAACAGUUGUGUAAGAAAAUAUGUGAAGUCUUAGUAUGAAUUACAUCUCAUACAUUUCUUCACCUCCAUCAUGUGAUAUCCCCCAACUGUUUUUGUUCUGUUUGUUAGUAUUUCUGUUGGAACCUUAUGUGUCUAUAUCGCACGUUCCAACAUAGGGAGAAGUGUUUUCUUGUGUAUGUCACUGCAUAUUUUUGUUGCUGAAGGUAUUUCACCUGAAUCACCUAUAGAUGGCAUCAGUCACUAUCCUCCUGUGCCCGGAGAAGCUAACUCUGUUGUGUCAUUUGUUCAAGAAAAUUAGGAAUACCUUAUCCUUUAGUUCUUCUUUGUUUCCCUGUCAUUAGUUGCCACAUAGGAAUGAUUACCGUUGGCGCCAGUAAACAGAAUGUUGGAGAAAAACUGCGAUUGUCAGAGACACACUUUCCCUACAUGCCUGUGAUGAAUUUAUUCAGUUCCUAAGUCAUCAGUGGGAGAACUGCUGGUCUGAGGUCUCUUUCAUUGCAAAAUAAUGAAGGCUUUUUCCUAGGACUUCUUUAAUGCUGAGUGUUCCUUUGACUCUAUUGGUUAAUUUAGAAGAGAAGGAAAUAUUAUUUUGCCUCUACAAUGUCAUUUCCCUCGUUUUCACACACUUAACUCCUUAGAAAAAGGGUACACUGUUAGGGUUUGGUAGGUGAUGCAGGCUGUGGAAAAAUUUACACCAAAAAGAAGCCAUACUGGGAGGAAGUUGGUUUUCCUUUCCAAGAGAAGAAAGGGCCAAGUAUUGGUUGUCAAUACAGGGUAAGGGAGAAAGGCUGGGUUCUGCUUUUCAUCAGUGGCUCUAGCUAAGAGAGAACAAAUGCAGGGGCCUGGGGCUUUGCUGAAGUUGAGUAGAUAUGGGGGGCUGUUUUUAAAAGUCACAGUUUGUUUGCUUUCCAGAAGACAGUCUGGCAGGUGUAUAGUGAGGUGUCUUAUCAGUGUUUUUCCCAAGCAUAUAAAAUAUGACUAGAGAAAAAGGUAUGGAGUGUUCAAAAGAGGCUUGUUUAAAGAGGUAGAAGAAAGGAAACUAUGGGGCGGGGUACAGUGUUUUUGACAGGUUCAAGCCUUGGACUGAUGAGAGGGCACAGUCCUCUCGUGACCACGUGCAAGUCCCAGCUGGAGGGCAGGGCCUUCUCAGCACAAUUAUAGCCAGCAGCUAUAGUUGUAAGCUUGAACCUAUUAUCCGAAAAGGGACCCACGUGAAGGUGUGAUAGAGUUCAGGUGCUUGUAGUUGAGUAGGGUUGAAACCACCGAGAAUGUUGUAAACAACUUGAUCACGCCCCUACUUCGCCUCAUGGCAUCUGCUAUAAAAUAAAGACACGGCUUGUGGGCGCUGUCUCCUCAUCAGGCAGGCCGUGUCCCACAAAGACCCAGCUUUCAUUCUCUUGCCUGUCUUUUCUUAAUCCUUUCAUCACCCCCCACUCUGGAUCACUCUUAGCUGUGCUGGCGUGGCACAAGUGGCAUCCGAACAGGCCUGAGUUCAGUGGGAAUUUAAAAAGUGGUCAGUUGAAAGGAGUCCAAGGCGGGGGCAGAGAGUAAGAUUAAAAAGCAAAAGUAAGGUAAGAAGUCCAAAAAACAAAAAUAUGGUAGGGAGCUGUUUAUGGUAAAUUACCUCGGUGUAAAACAUAGGACCCGAUCCCAGGCAAGGGUACACACACACACAAAAAACACAUGGUACACCUCUUUCUGGACCUGGUGGAGCAGAAGGCGCCAUCAUGGGAGUCGACAUCUGCCAAAACAAAGACCAAAAGGUUCAGCACAAGGAGACCAAGAGCCAGGACAUCUACCUAAGGCUGUUGGUAAAGCUAUACAGGUUUCUGGCCAGAAGAACCAACUCCACCUUCAACCAAGUGGUGCUGAAGAGGUUGUUCAUGAGCCGCACCAAUCGGCCGCCUCUGUCCCUUUCCCGGAUGAUCCGCAAGAUGAAGCUUCCUGCCCUGGAGGGCAAAACCGCCGUGGUUUUAGGGACUAUAACCGAUGACGUGAGGAUCCAGGAGGUGCCCAAACUGAAGGUGUGUGCCCUUCCUGUGAGCAGCCGCGCCCGGAGCCGCAUCCUCAAGGCUGGGGGCAAGAUUCUCACCUUCAACCAGCUGGCCCUGGACUCCCCCAAGGGCAGUGGCACCGUCUUGCUUUCUGGUCCUCGCAAGGGCCGCGAGGUGUACAGGCAUUUUGGCAAGGCCCCAGGAACCCCCCACAGCCACACCAAACCCUGCGUGCGAUCCAAGGGCCAGAAGUUUAAGCGUGCAGGAGGCCGCCGGGCCAGCACCGGCUACAAAAACUAAUCCUAAAUCCUAUCAUGUUAUUAAAGAGGUUUUGGAUGCUGGGGAAAAAAAAAACAAACAAACAAAAACAACACAUUGAAGCACUUUUAAAGUAGGCAUUUUUAAAAUUUCUAAGGUAGAAAUAAGCGGGGAGAAAUCAAGAUGGCGGCAUAGGUAAACACCGGAGUUUGCUGCCUCGAACAACCACUUCAAAAAUACAACUAAAAGGUGGAACAGACAUCAUCCAGAACCACAGGAAGGCUGGCUGAGUGGAAAUUCUACAACUAGAAGGAAAGAGAAAAGCAUACUGAGACUCAAAGGAGGUGCGGUGUGGAAGUAAAAUACUAAGGUGCGGAGGUGCAUGUGGAGCAGGCUGGCGGCUGAGGGUGUGGUUGUUGUUUUCAAUCGGGAGGGAGUCUCAGGCUCUGAGCUCCAAUUCAGGGCGAGUCUCUAGGGACCCAGACUCAUACAGGAGAACCGGGACUGUCUGGCAUCGGUCAGAACUCGAGGGCAGCUUUCUUUCGGAGGGCCUGGCAGGGAUUUCCAGGAUAAUGAGAAGGGGAGACACCAUAACUGCUAGCCCUGCCCUGUUGAUCCCCUGGGACCCGCCCUGCCCAAACCCUGCAGUGAGGCGUUUGCUGGAUAGCCUCAGGCAAAGGCUAGAUUAGCACCUCCCUAAAGAUCCAGGAGCCAGGAAACCCAGAGGUCAGAGUGGGACCAUCCAGUUUGCAGCUCCGUGGAACCCUAAAAGACAUGCUCAGGGGGCAGACUCAGUGAGCACCAAAUCCCCAUUGAAGCAAGUCUUGCCCCAGAGGGGUGUCUCCAACACAGAAGUUCUCCCACUGCUGAUUCUCACAGCCAAUUGGCCUGGAGGUCAAUUCCUCUCAGUGAUACCUACAACAAUCAAGACUGCACAAAGACCACAAGGGGGUGCACCAAGAGUGUCCUCCUCAGGUAAUUGGGGAGACUGAACCACUGGGCCCUAGAGGACACUCAGCACAGAAAACCACUUUAUCAAUACAGGGAAGCAUAAAAAAUGCGGAGAGAAAAAGGGCACAAAUGAGAGAAAUGGAGGAAAGCAAACUACUGGAUCUAGAGUUCAAAACCACACUUUUAAGGUUUUUCAAGAAUUUUCUAGAAACUGCCGAUAAACUUAAUGAGAUCUACAAGAAAUCUAAUGAGACCCUCGAUGUUGUGAUAAAGGACCAACUAGAAAUUGAGCAUACACUGACUGAAAUAAAGAAUAUUGCCCUCGCCGAUUUGGCUCACUGAAUAGAGCAUCGGCCUGGGGACUGAAGAGUCCCGGGUUCGAUUCCGGUCGGGGGCACGUACCUUGGUUGCAGGCACAUCUCCAGUGGGGAGUGUGCAGGAGGCAGCUGAUCGAUGCUUCUCUCUCAUCGAUGUUUCUAACUCUCUAGCCCUCUCCCUUCCUUUCUGUAAAAAAAUCAAUAAAAUAAAAAUAAAAAGAA